AUGCAGCUGGGCGGGCCGACCUGGAGAGUGCCGCUCGGCCGUCGCGACUCGACGACGGCGAGCCGGGCUCUGGCCAACAUGAACCUCCCGCCGCCGACCGCCGACCUGUCCACGCUGAUCUCCCUGUUCCGCAGGCAGGGGCUCUCGCCGGCCGAGAUGACGGCGCUGUCGGGCGCGCACACCAUCGGCCUGGCCCAGUGCCUAAACUUCAACGGCGGAAUCUACAACGACGCCAACAUCGACCCGUCGUUCGCGGCGCUGCGGCGGCAGACGUGCCCGAGCUCCGGCAACAGGAACCUGGCGCCCAUCGACGUGCAGACCCCCGGGGCGUUCGACGCCGCCUACUACCGGAACCUGCUGGCGAAGCGCGGCCUGUUCCACUCCGACCAGGCGCUCUUCAACGGAGGGUCGGAGGACGCGCUGGUGCGGCAGUACAGCGCCAGCCCCGCGCUCUUCCGGAGCGACUUCGCCAAGGCGAUGAUAAAGAUGGGCAACAUACAUCCGCUCACCGGCAGCGCCGGCGAGAUCAGGAAAAACUGCCAUGUCGUCAACAGCUAG